AUGGCUAGAAUCAGCAUGUUAGUACUUGUUGAAACACUUGUUGCUGUACCAUUAACUCUACUGGAUAAUGCAGUCAUCUUUGCCAAGUCUUGGACCAAGCAGGUCAAAUUAAGCGACCCCGAAAUCGAGAACGAGUGUAGUUACGUAACUUUUGGUGUUUUUCUUAGUUCACCUAUACAAUUCCUUGCAUCUGACCUCAGCGCGAUGCAUGGACGCGAUGCUUCAGAGACAAACAAACCGUCGGUAGCGUGA